CGUGUGUGUGUGUGUGUGUGUGUGUGUGUGUGUGUGUGUUUUCUGGUACAUGUACACACGAAUAUUGAGGAACAAACAGGCACGUAGCUCUCACAGGUGGAGACGCACCAAAGGUGAGUCAACCCGGGGCGAGAGAGACGGAGGACGGAGCUGCUCCGCUUCAGUUAAACGGUCUAAACUCAGGACGUUUCUAAAACUCUUCCGGACUCGAACUUUGAACGGAUCCACCACAUGAAACCAGCUGCAGACGCUCCCUCCUUGUCUUGAUGGAGGAGCUGUGACACCGACAGGAACCACUUCACACGCCUUAAACUUCCCGAAGCUUCUUCCCCCUGAAGGCAGCACAGAUGUUUUCUGUGGGCCAGGAGAACAUCUCCCCCUCCCCUGCCUCCACCAAAGGACCCGUCAAGUAUGGGGAGCUCAUCGUGCUGGGGUGUAACGGAUCUCUGCCCAGCGGGGACAAGGGCCGGAGGAGGAGCUGCUUCGCUCUGUGUCGCAGGACUAAAGCCAAUGGAGUGAAACCGAGCACGGUGCACACAUCCUGCACACCCCAGGCUGCCAAGGCCGUCAGCAACAAGGACCAGCACAGCAUCUCUUACACUCUGUCCCGGGCUCAGACGGUGGUGGUGGAGUACACCCACGACAGCAGCACAGACAUGUUCCAGGUCGGCCGCUCCACAGAGAACCCCAUAGACCUGGUGGUGACGGACACGGUGCCGGGGGGCCAGGGCCAGGCGGACGGUCAGGCCGUCCAGAGUACCAUCUCACGCUUCGCCUGUCGCAUCAUCUGCCAGAGGAACCCCCCGUACGCGGCGCGCAUCUACGCCGCGGGCUUCGACUCCUCCAAGAACAUCUUCCUCGGGGUAGGACAGACACGUGGGACACGACCACAGCGGAGCAGAGAUGCUAAAAAAACGUUUCCUCUCACCUCCUCCUCACAGGAGAAGGCGGCCAAGUGGAGGACGGUGGACGGUCAGAUGGACGCGCUGACCACCAACGGCGUCCUGGUGAUGCAUCCUCGACACGGCUUCAGCCAGGACUCCAAGUCCGGACACUGGAGGGAAAUCUCAGUCUGUGGCAACGUGUUCACGCUGAGGGAGACCAGAUCCUCUCAGCAGAGGGGGAGGAUGGUGAGCUCUGAGUGCAAUGAGCUGAGGGACGGCUCGCUCAUCGACCUGUGUGGCGCCACGCUGCUGUGGAGGACGGCCGAGGGUCUGGCCCUGGCCCCCACCCUCAAGCACCUGGAGGCGCUGCGCCAGGAGCUGAACGCCGGGCGCCCCCAGUGCCCCGUGGGCUUCAACACGCUGGCCUUCCCCAGCCUGCGCCGCAAGGGCGUCCUGGACGAGAAGCAGCCCUGGGCCUACCUGCGCUGUGGCCACGUGCACGGCUACCACGGCUGGGGGGGGCGCCGCCACUCCGAGGCGGGGGCCGCUGCCGCCCAGGGCAGGGAGUGCCCCAUGUGCCGGGCCAGGGGGCCCUACGUGCCGCUGUGGCUGGGCUGCGAGGCGGGGCUCUACGUGGACGCCCAGCCCCCCACCCACGCCUUCGUCCCCUGUGGACACGUGUGUUCGGAGAAGACGGCGCUGUACUGGUCCCAGGUCGCCCUCCCCCACGGGACGCAGGCCUUCCACCCAGCCUGCCCCUUCUGCAUCCGGACGCUGAGCGGAGACACCGGCUACACCAGACUCAUCUUCCAGAGCCCCCUGGACUAGACGGGGCUGGGGGGGUCUGGACCCUGGACAGGUCUCCAGUCUAUCUCAGGACUAACUUAAUUUAACUGUGGUUGGUGUCAUGUUUGUUGGGCUGACUCCCCGUCACCCGUCUUAUUUAUUCUGGACUAAUCACUGCCUCACGUUGCCUUAGAGACCAGACCGUCUCCUCCCGGGUUCUCCACCCAGGUUCUCCUCCCGGGUUCUCCUCCCGGGUUCUCCAUCCGGGUUCUCCUCCCGGGUUCUCCUCCCAUCUGGGACUCUCUGGACCUUUGCUUCAGAAGCUUUUCUCUGGGAAAAUGAUCAAAGAAAUGUUGAACUGUGGCUCAGACUCCAGGAUUGUUUUUGUAGUUUUUUUCAGAAAUCAGGGGACGUCUUUGACUAAAGAAUAAAUUGUAUUUUUUUAUGACCACAGUCUUAGUGAAAGCUCUGUACUGGAGCGUAACAGAAGUUCAUCUGGGAAACGUUGCAUGCUGCUCUACUGUGACUUCAUUAAAGGUCCAGACUGGAUCCUCCUACACCCUGGAGGGAGGGGGGCGGUAUGCCUUCCUGACCUUCCCUUUAGCGCCAGCAUGAGGUGAUUAAUCGGGUUAACGUUAGGGCUAAUGUUCAGGUGAGGGCUAAUGUUAGGGCUAAUGUUAGGGUUAAUGUUCGGGUUAUGGUUAAUGUUAUGGUUAAUCCCAUCAGAACCCACCUUGAUCUGUAUCUGUACCAUUGAUCAUUCAACUCUGUUUGUCUCCAGAUAAUCUGUCAGGUUUGUUGCCUCUGAUUUUACACCAACUGCAAACAAUAAAAAGACGCUGAAUCACA